CCAUCGCGAGAGAUUUUUCGAGUCGGUCACCAUCAGCGUAAAGUUCGUGCUAGUUUUUUUUCCUCACGCAACACCGUCAUUUUCCCAAAAGGUACGGUCAUCGGUUAAUUUGGCUCUGCGAAAACCCUGUGAAAUCAUCCGCGAGUGUUGGUGAAUAACCGCGGCUCGGUUCCAUCCGGCCAGGAAAACUGGACCUUCUUUUUCGAUCGCCAACUUGGACCGUUCCGGUCAAAUUCUAAUGAAAAUGGUGAAGUGAAAAUUUUGUGUGCGAAAGUGACAUUUUUUUUCUUUCGAUCGUCGAGGUUCGCUAACAUUUUUGGAAAAUGGGUAAUGUAAUCGAAAUUUGGUGCGGGCCAUAAAGUAAGAAAAUAAUUUCGGCCGAUCAAGUGGGGUUUAGGGUGCGUGGUUUAUGAUCCGAUAGAGAAAGAAAGGCCGCGUCCAGGAUAUGGUCGGAACAUUUGACCGUUCUAUUUCGAUUCACAUCAGAAAAAGAACAGUAACAAUAGUCGGCCAAAGUGGCCCCAAUUGCGAAGAAAAACAAGGGGCACAACAGCAGUGGCAAAAAGAAAAAGUGUCUUGGGUGCAACAGCGAUAAUAAAAGAAGAAAAAACUAGAAGGAGAGACUCAUCAUCAGCAGCAAAAUCGCAGGCAGAACUUUGACGACGACAUCGCCGUCUUGAACUUUUUUGGCCGUGUGGCGAUCGACCAGCAGCAAUUUCUGGAGUUUGACUCUGUGGAUUCUGGUAGACUCGAUGCUGGUCAAUCUGUGACGAAAAAGCACUUUUUCCGCUGACUUUCGGAGUGAUUAGAGGAAGCAAGUGUGAUAUCAUAGUCAUCGUUUCGGGAAGAAAAGCAAAAACCCAAUGGUGCAAUGUGAAUCAUUUUGAGGCAGUCGAUUUUUGGAGCGUGUGUGAGCGACGAGUGUGUGGAUUUGAUCGAAUUCGACCCAGGGUCUGUGGGAACCAAUCAGUCGGACAUGACGGCCAUCAAACGCAUCCGUCGGGGAUAUCUUUUUGGACGUGACUUGAUUGAGAGAAAUAAAUUAACCAGCAGGGAAUGUGUGCGCGAUUGAGUGCUGCGAGUAUUACGAAUUAUUAGACCGGAAUAUUUUCCGGGAUCAUUCCGACUGGAGUAAUUUGUCUGUCACAAGUGUUGUCCCAAGAAUCGGAAGAGUGUAUGGUGUGGUUUGAGACCGCAGAUGGGAAGAAGUGGAAGCAGUCAUAGGGCGUACUAGAAAAUUAGUGUCACAUUCGGUUGAAAAUAAUUUUUCAUUCGUCGAAUUUUAAGAUUCCAAAGUGAAAGCACAGGUGUGUGUUGGUGUGAGCAAUUUUUGACAGUGCGGGCUGCCUAAACAUACAGCUAUUCGAUUCAAAGUGGAAAAAAAAUCUCGCAAUCUCGCCUUCGAAAAAUUGAAGUUGAAUCGAGUGUGUGGAGAAAACAACACCCAAAAUAAGAAAAAGAAACUGCCUCGUAGCAGUGAGACAACCAGCACCCGCCAGCAGCCAGUGUGUAGUGUUGGGUAGUCUAGUAGUAGCAACGAAGAAGAGGGAGGGGCGGCGUUUCUCCGGAUAUUACAUUAGAGCGUUUUGGUCUAUCCAAUAUGGCUCCGUCUCCGGAGCUAGGUGGUCAACCGAAGGCCCCCGAUAAGUCUGGAGCAUCGGAAAACAGCGCCUCCACCGGGAAUUCGUCAUCUUCCACUACGGUGCCGGCCGCAGUGGUCGCCGCCACCUCAUCAACCCCAGCAGCAGCAGCGACCUCGUCGACAACGGAAACGACGUCGUCGCUCUCAUCAGUCAGCAACUCAACAAAACAGUCGUCAUCAGCCGGAACCAAACACACGUCCGGAACCUCUAGCAGUGGCUCAGCCACUUCCCAACAGCAGGAUAGCAGCAAUAUUGAAAAUAUGCCGGAUCAUGAUCUCAAGGCCCUCCUGGAGGAAGCCAUCACAUACAAAUGUCCAAAGGAUCGAGAACACAAGAGUGCAGCAUUUAAUGUAAGUGAGCCAAAUUUUAAAAAUUCACAUUUUCAACUUAAAUUUACCUAUCAAAGGGUGAAAAAUGCAAAGCAAAAAUCUAUAAUCACAAAGCUCUCGGUGCUGCGAGAAAAUUUGCUUAGACACAAAAAAAGAAGGAAUAGUGAAAGGAAACAGAUAUCGUCACGAAGUGGGAAGAUAAUGUACGGACGAGACGGAUGGGGUAGCUAGUAGAAGCAAAUGUGA